AUGGAUGUGAACGCUCAAACCGCCGCCGAGCGCCUCCGAUCCCGGAAGCCGGUGCCAAAGCCGGUGCCGGCAUACCUGCCCUCAGCGGGCUCGCCGCUGACGGUGCCGAAAGACUUGUAUGAGGCUGUUCAGAGGGCUCCCCGGGUCCUCACCGAGGAGUUCGUCCUCCCAAUUCGAUCUGGGAGGGCGUGGAAAGCCCCCGCCGGCUCGAUCGUCCGGAUCAGCACACCCGAGGGCCCUCAAGUUGGCGACCUCAACAUAUGGAACGCGCACAACCCACGCGAGCGGUUCUGGGCCAGCCGGACCAAGCAGCUGCACGCCUCCCACGUGACGACGCACGACAGGCUGUGGUCGUGCCUGCCGUACAUGCGUCCCCUGGUGACCAUCAUCGCGGACAGCCUAUCCUGGUACGGCGAGGACGAGCACGGGGGCCGCGUGCACGACCUGCUCGGCACGCGGUGCGACCCUUACAUCAACACGGUGCUCUCGGGCCAGACGUACGACUUCCACUGCCACUCCAACCUGACGCGGGCGAUCGUGCCGUACGGGCUGAAUGAGGGUGACGUCCACGAUGUCAUAAACCUGUUCCAGGUCACGGGGCUGGACGAGAAGGGGAGGUAUUUCAUGAACCCUUGCCCGGCUGAGGCGGGGGAUCAUAUUGAGUUCCUGGCUGAGCAGGACGUACUUAUGGCGUUGAGUACUUGCCCUGGCGGUGACCUUUCGCUUUGGGGCUUCGGCAGUGAUAGCGAGAAAGAAAUGAUCAAGUGCUGUCGACCUCUAAAGGUUGAGGUUUUCAAGCUGGCUGAUGAGAGCUUGCUUAGCAGUGGGGGAUGGAAACCGGCUGAGACUUCACAGUACCAAGGUAAACAUGGCAUGCAUGUUCCGGUUGGUGAGCACGAGGCCAACCGUUGA